UUUUCAUUUAAACUAUACAUAAUCAUGGAGCUGUACCAGAAAAUCCAAUCAAGUUUAUUCAGAUUUAAGAUGCAGCAUUUGACCAAUUUACGGGAUAUUGGCAUGUACAUUUAUGGUAUAUCCUUUUUUGACAUCUUUUUGAGAUUCAGCUAUCAGUACUUAGGAUGGCUGUCAUAUGUUUUGCGGCCACUAGAAAGUGUAUACUAUAUACGGUCUAUGUUUCCUGGGAUGUUUGUUUAAUAUGCCAUAUAUUAAUCAACAAAAAUUAAUCAAAGUCAUGCUGGCAACGACACAGAUUAUAUGUGCUUGGAUGCUUAGAGAAAGUGAUUUAUUUGGAAGAUUCGAUAUUUUCUACCUGUUAUUACAGACUUGCUUUGUUUUGUGCGUAUGUUAUUUCUGUAGUAUUAAUACACCAUGUCGUUUUGGAGUUUAUCUGUAUUGCUUUGUUUUGGCUGGAUCAAUUCUGCGGGAGGAAUCAAGCUGGUUGUAUAACAUUGUUGUUAUUUUCAUUUCAAUUGUCAUGCUUAUUGUGUUACUUACAGAAAGAAAUAGGGUAAUUUUCGACAAUUUUAGUUUUUCUUCAGACACAAUAGAUAUACAGAGAUUGAAAUCCAGAACAGACAUUAUAUAUCCUAUAUAUUAUGUGUUCAUGUUUAUUGUGACAUUAGUAUACAAUUACUGCAUUGAUGAUCUAUCUGAGUUUGGAAUUAAUGGUCAAAAGUCCAUACUUCUGUCAACACUCGGUAUGUGUUGCUGUACAAUUAUAUCAGCAAAUGCUUUGGCUUCCAUAAUAUUUGCAAUCUCAAAACGAUUACUUAAGUUUUGCUACUUCACCGUCACAGGUAUGCUUGAAAUUGAAGCUGCAAAUUUUCUGCAAUCUUCGUAUAUAUUUAGCGUGCUUUUCUUUUUAAUAAACAUAAUAAUAUCGGACAUGGGACAUUAUGAGCGUGGACAACUAGUUAUCAGCAGGUUAUUAUUGAUUUUUGCGAUGUUUGUUGGUAACUGUUUAGUCAUAAUAGAAGCAAUGACAUCAAAAGUAGAAAUUAUACAAGGAAAUAUGUUAACUUGCAUACGAGUUAUUUGUAUUCAUCUGAUAUUUAUUUUAGGACCUGCAAUAAUAAUGUAUUAUAUGUAUUAUCAAUAUACAAUGGACAAUUUAGGAAUCUUUUUAACAAUGUCAAAUUUUAUUACAAAUCUGAUAUUCGCUAUUUAUAUGCUAUUUCUUUUUAUUCUUUUUAAAUACGAUGCAAUUUGCCAAAAUUUCCGGGAUGGAUUUGAUGACCUUGUGUUUCAUAUUCGAAUUUGUGUGGGGAUUUUUAUAAUAUUUAUUCAAAUAUGCACGGUUGUGUACUCUGUGUGGACAUUAUUCUUUGGUUUUUAUAGCUGGCUAGAGUUGUUACGUUUGAUAUUAAUUUUUUAUGUUAAUAUAUACAUCCAUGGAGUUCGAUUAAAACGAGUCAUCAGCCAUAAAAACAUGAUCACACAGUUCACAAAUAAUUUGGUCGACGCGACAACAGAUGAACUUGCUGAACAUAACGACGUCUGUUCGAUUUGUUUCCAGGAAAUGGAAGAAGCAAAGGUUACAUCAUGUGACCAUUUAUUCCAUGAAUCAUGUCUUCGGAAAUGGCUAAAUAUCAAACUGAUUUGCCCGUUGUGUCAAAUACAAAUAAUCGUAUGAAACGUUUGAGUUCAUCUUGUUCAUGUAAGUGUCCUGAACCCACAUGUGUUGUCACUUCAAAGCAUCAAUUUAACGAUAUAUAAAUCGUUAUUUUCAUCAAAUAUUUAAGUUUAAUAAAUCAACUAUUGUCAAUAUUAUUUGUCUAACCUGAUGUUAUCAAAUGUGACUUCUUAUAAAGCAGUAGGUUUCAAAUGCAAUAUUGCAUACGUCCACAUAAAUAUUCUGCAUCAUUAUAUAUGUUGUCUACUGUGUAUGAUUAUAUCUAACUGAAUAAAGUGUUAAUUCAAGUUUGACAAUUAUGUAGUAUUCAUCAAACGUUAAAUAGAUGAACGGUUAUCUUCAUGAAAACCUCUAGAAUUGUAUUAAGUUGAUAUUUCUUUUAAAUGAACAAGCUUUCCAUCACAACCAUUCCUAUUGAGUUCUGUGAAUUUGGUACACGUCAAAAAAAGAAACGUAAUAUUGUUAAUUAUACAUAUUAUACUUAAUGCAGUCAAAAAAAAAUAAACUUAUCCCUGUUGAAAUUUGUUUGUUUUUAUAGUGAUUAAGAUUAAAACACAAUGUUGACUGUUGUACCCCUAUUUAUGACAUUUUUACCUUAUAAAUUUUUAUUAUGUCUGUUUGUUUUGUUCACACAUGUUGUCAAUAUAAUGAAAUUCUAUGCGACUGUCAUUCAAGUGAGAGGUUUAGCUAGCUAUAAAACCAGGUUUAAUACACUGUUUUCUACAUCAGGAAAUGCCUGUACAAAGUCAGGAAUAUGACAGUUGUUUUCCAUUCGUUUGAUGUGUAUGAGCCUUUGAUUUUUGCCAUUUGAUAAGGGGCUUUCCGCUCAAAAUCUUGUAGUAUACAUUUCAAGUGCAUUGAACAUUAUUUUAUUCAUUUUUUAAUCAUAGUUUAUCAUUACGCUUAACGAGAUUUGAACAUCAGUAAACCAAGGUCGCCUAAAUUUAUAAUCAAAUAUUUAUUGGAAACGUUAUCUACCAAUCAGAAUAAAAAACAUUUUUUUUUAUAACAUUCUAUUAUUGAAACACAGGUCUUCCGUGUUUUUCCAAAAGCUCGCCUCUGAGUGUGCGGUUGUUGGUGAUGUUAAUGUAUUUACUUUAUGUAUCCUUAAUAUAUACAGUUUCUUAUAAUGUCUUUCUAUUAAAUAGUCUUGAA